CUCUUGCGGAGCGGAGUCCCCCGGGGCCUGGAGGCUAGAAACCCCACCAGGCCCCACCAGGAGGGAUUGUGGGAGUUGUAGUCCGGAACACCUGGAGGGCAAGCCUAACCUGGCUCCUGCCAAGGAAGUGGACUGGGGAGGAUGCAGAAGGCUGGGAUCCUUGCCAUCCGCUUUCCCUUGUUCUCGUGCUGUAGGAGAUGUCGGCCAAGCAAAUUGAAUAUGCAGAGCUUCAAGGAAGAUUGGGUUCUGCUCCGUUCCUUCCGGAAACCAACAGUCCCAUUUCAAUGCCUCAGCGUUUCAUCUCACACUCAAAAGGAGACCUCAAUCUCCAAACAUUCAGAUCAGUUCCGGCUGAUUUACAGGUUCCCCGGGAUCCAUUUUUGCCGGAUUCUGUCAAGGCUGAAACUGCUGCAGACGUCGCUCACUGUCCUGCUUCUCCCUCCAAUCUGGGUCCUUUACUGGCAAAACCAAGUCCCGCAGAGCCAGUGCCUCUACUGCACUGGCAUCGCUUGCUUUGCUGCCGCCAUGCUUUACGGCAUGAGCUUCUACCUCCGGCGGAUUGUCGGCAUGAUGUACCUGAAUGGGGAUGACACGCUACUAAAGGUCUCACACUUGACCUUCUGGGGCAAGAGGAAGGACAUCUACUGCCCAGUGGAAAUGGUGAUGACUUUGGGGGAUGUCGGUGAAAACCGGAACGACCUGCUACUGAAGUUCCAGCAGUACAACCAAGAUCCGUUUCUGUAUUUUUCCCUCCGCUUCGGGAACAUUGUGGACCCAAAAGGGUUUGCAAAAGUGUUUGGAGAACUUGGGUGAUGUUUUUUAGACAUUUACUACAGGACUUUAAAAAAAUUAUAAUUCAAUAAUGAUUUGAUCUAAUAUUUGCUUUGUAAUAAAUAGGCCCCAUUUCUUUCUGGA